GAGAUCUGAAUCACCUUUUCCUCCAUAUACUUCACCAUUCAUUCCACAUAUAGCCCAAACGAAACCAAAACCCCACCACUCUCUAAUCCAUGUCAUGACGGUCGUCCCAAUCUCCCAGUCCAUUUUGGGAUUUACUGGUGGGGUACUUAGCUCCAUGACCGCCUAUUCUUUGAUAGCGGAUCAAAUCCGGACAGAUGCUCACGCACUCGAUCAUUCACUGCAACGGUUUCGGAGAACAAUCGAGUAUGGCCUUCCUUUAUUUAUCCGCGAUGAGGAGUUUCUUCAAGUAAUGAAUGCCUUGGAGAUCACAUCUCGACGUCAGAGGCGCGAAAAGUCAUUGUGGGGGAAAAUCAAACAGGCAGGACAGUGGAACUGGAACGCAGGACUAGUUGGUGCGGUUGACGCGUUUCAUGAGUGGAAGCAAUCCUAGAGAUUACAUCAAUUACGAAGCACUUGUACAUUAAC